GCUACUUUGAAAAUCAUUUUGCUUCAGCAGAACAGCUAGCCGCCUAGCCCCAGAUUUUCCUUUGGAUCAAGGAUGUUCAUAAAGAGAAUUGCUCUAGUUCUUUUCAUUGUUUUGCUGUCAUGGGCGUACCAGGCAACGCGCCCUCCUCCUCCGAAACUAUGCGGGUCCCCAGGGGGACCUCCCAUUACUGCUCCAAGAGUAAAGCUUAGGGAUGGAAGGCACUUGGCCUACAAGGAAUAUGGUGUCCCAAGAGAAGAGGCCAAAUUCAAGAUCAUUUUUGUUCAUGGCUUUUCUUCCUGCAGACAUGAAGCGAUGGUUGCCACAGAACUCUCUCCGGAGGUUAUUGAAGAGCUAGGGAUUUAUGUAGUGGCAUUUGAUAGACCCGGCUAUGGAGAAACUGACCCGGAUCCUAACAGAACAGAGAAGAGUUUGGCUUUGGAUAUAGAAGAGCUUGCUGAUCAGUUGGGACUUGGAACCAAAUUCUAUGUAAUUGGUCAUUCCAUGGGUGGCCAGGUCAUAUGGAGUUGCCUUCGGUAUAUCCCCAACAGGCUUGCAGGAGCUGGCCUAAUCGCUCCUGUGACCAACUACUGGUGGCCAUCGUUCCCUGCUAACUUGUCCGUAAAGGCCUAUUACCAACAACCAGCACAGGAUCAAUGGGCACUCCGAGUUGCUCACUACUUACCGUGGCUAACCUACUGGUGGAAUACUCAGAAGCUGUUUCCUGCUAGCAGCGUCAUAGCUGGAAACCCUCAUAUAUUCUCUCCUAAAGAUUUGGAACUCAUCAAGAAACUGCUUUCAGUUUCGGAUCCUGAGAGGGAAAAAAUCAAGCAACUGGUCAAACAGCAAGGAGAAUUCGAGUCCUUCCAUCGAGACUUGAUGGUUGGAUUCGGCAAAUGGGCAUUCGAUCCAGCGGAUAUUAAGAACCCUUUUCAAAAUAAUGAAGGCACUGUCCAUCUAUGGCAGGGUGAUGAAGAUAGGCUUUCCCCGGUUAUUCUAAACCGCUUUAUUGCUAAUAAACUUCCAUGGAUUCGCUACCAUGAGUUACCAGGUGAGGGACACUUAUUUCCGUUGGUUGAGGGAAUGAGUGAAGCUAUGAUGAAGGAAUUCCUGAUUGGGGAGAAGUAGCCUGCUUUUGCUACAGAAAAAAAGUCUUCUUUUCUCGUUCUCCUUUUGAGUUUCAAAAUAAUGCAUUUGGUUUUAUGAAAGCAAAUUCUGAUAGGUUGUUGCAGUAAUAUACAAUCUUCAUUGAUACAUAAAUAAAAAAGGGCUAGUCUUUUUCGUUUUUGCUUGUUC